AUGGAUGAGUGUGAGGAACCAGAGAAGGGAAUCCCUCCCAGUAAAACCUCUCUGAGUGAAGAAGAAGAAGCACUUCGGCUGCAAAGACCAGACUCUCCUGAUCCCAGCUGUGUGUCCAUGAAGAGUGACAGGUCUAUGGGUCAACCUAUGCAGUUUAAAGACGGACAGCCUGCUGAUGAAAGGAUGCAGAGACCGGAGUCUCCUGAACCUAGCUGUGUGUCCAUGAAGAGUGACAGGUCUAUGGGUGAACCCGUGAAGUUUACAGAUGGACAACCUGCUGGUGAAAGAUCAGACUCUCCGGAACCCGGCUGUGCGUCCAUGAGGAGUGACAGGUCUAUGGGUCAACCUAUGACGUUUCAAGAUGGUCAAUCUGCUGGUGAAAGAGUUCAGAUUGAAAUGUCAAAACUCUCUGGUGAAAAGUCAAAUGUGCAGCAUCAAAGAGAACUGAAGUCCAUCUUUAUGCUGCUAGAGGAGAAUAUUAUCACCUUUGUGAAGAACGAGCUUAAGAGAGUCCAAGGAGUUUUAGUUCAAAGUUACCCAGAAUGUUCAGAGAGUCAGAGUGAGGAUGGAGAGGUGUUGGUUGGUGAAGAUGAAGAGCAGAGGAGCAGCAAAGAGGCGUUUUUGAAAAUCACAGUGGACUUCCUGAGGAAAAUGGAGCAGAAGGAGCUGGCUGAGUGUAUAUGGAACAGAACUGCUGCUUCAGCGUGCCGACGCAAACUCAAAUCCAACCUAGAGAAGAAGUUCCAGUCUGUGUUUGAAGGGAUUGCAAAAGCAGGAAACCCAACCCUUCUGAAUGACAUCUACACUGAGCUCUACAUCACUGAGGGGGGAACUGGAGAGGUCAACGAUGAACACGAGGUCAUAGAGAUUGAAACAACAUCCAGGAAACCCCACAGACCAGAGACAACCAUCAGACAAGAAGACAUCUUUAAAGGCCCACCUGGAAGAGAUGGACCAAUCAGAACAGUGAUGACGAAGGGCGUGGCCGGCAUUGGGAAAACAGUCUUAACUCAGAAGUUCACUCUGGACUGGGCUGAAAGCAAAACCAACCAGGACAUCCAGUUCACUUUUCCGUUCACUUUCAGAGAGCUGAAUGUGCUGAGAGAGAAGAAGUUAAGCUUGGUGGAACUUGUUCAUCACUUCUUUACUGAAACCAGAGAAACAGGAAUCAGCCGGUUUGAAGAGUUCCAGGUCGUCUUCAUCUUUGACGGUCUGGACGAGUGUCGACUUCCUCUGGAUUUCCACAACAAGAUCCUGACUGAUGCCACAGAGUCCACCUCAGUGGAUGUGCUGCUGACGAACCUCAUCAAAGGGAACCUGCUUCCGUCUGCUCGUCUCUGGAUAACCACACGACCUGCAGCAGCCAAUCAAAUCCCUUCUGAGUGUGUUGACAUGGUGACAGAGGUCAGAGGGUUCACCGACCCUCAGAAGGAGGAGUACUUCAGGAAGAGGUUCAAAGAUGAGGAGCAGGUCGGCAGAAUCAUCUUCCACAUCAAGACAUCCAGAAGCCUCCACAUCAUGUGCCACAUGCCGGUCUUCUGCUGGAUCACUGCUACAGUUCUGGAUGAGGUGCUGAAGACCAGAGAGACAGAAGAGCUGCCCAAGACCCUGACUGAGAUGUACAUCCACUUCCUGGUGGUUCAGUCCAAGCUGAAGAACGUCAAGUAUGAUGGAGGAGCUGAGAUGAAUCAGCAUUGGAGUCCGGGGAGCAGGAAGAUGAUUGAGUCUCUGGGGAAACUGGCUUUUGAACAACUGGAGACUGGAAACCUGAUCUUCUAUGAAUCAGACCUGAUGGAGUGUGGCAUCGAUGUGCGAGAAGCCUCAGUGUACUCAGGAGUGUUCACCCAAGUCUUUAGAGAGGAGAGAGGACUGUACCAGGAAAAAGUGUUCUGCUUCGUCCAUCUGAGUGUCCAGGAGUUCCUGGCUGCCUUUCACGUCCACCUGAUCUUCAUCAACUCUACAGUCAAUCUAAAGUCAGAGGGACCAACAGCACCCUGGAUCUCUGAUAUCUUUGAUGUCAAACAUAGACUCAAACAUCUGUAUAAGAGCACUGUGGACCAGGCCUUAAAGAGUCCAAAUGGACACUUGGAUUUGUUCCUCCGCUUCCUCCUGGGUAUUUCCCUGCAGAACAAUCAACGUCUUCUACAGGGUCUAAUGGAAGAGACAGGAAGUGACUCACAGACCAAUCAGGAAACAGCCCAGUACAUCAAGGAAAAGAUCAGUGAGAAUACAUCAGCAGAGAAAAGCAUCAAUCUGUUCCACUGUCUCAAUGAACUGAAUGAUCGUUCUCUAGUUGAGGAGAUCCAACAGUCCAUGAGAUCAGGACGCCUCUCCACAGAUGAACUGUCUCCUGCUCAGUGGUCAGCUCUGGUCUUCAUCUUGCUUUCAUCAGAGAAAUAUCUGGCUGUGUUUGACCUGAAGAAGUUCUCUGCUUCAGAGGAGGCUCUCCUGAGGCUGCUGCCAGUGGUCAAAGUCUCCAACAAAGUGCUGCUGAGUGGCUGUAAUCUGUCAGAGAGAGGCUGUGAAGCUCUGUCUACAGUCCUCAGCUCAAAGUCCUCCACUCUGAGAGAGCUGGACCUGGGUAACAACGACCUGCAGGAUUCAGGAGUGAAGCUGUUGUCUGCUGGACUAAAGAGUCCACACUGCAGAUUGGAAACUCUCAGUCUGUCAGGCUGCAUGGUCACUGAGGAAGGCUGUGAGUCCCUGGCCUCAGCUCUGGGCUCGUCCUGCCUGACAGAGCUGGACUUGAGCUACAAUCAUCCUGGAGAACAAGGAGAGGAACUGUUGACUGCUCGACUGAAGGAUCCACUCUGCAAACUGAAAACACUGAGGAUUGAUCAUGGUGGACUUCACAGACUGAAACCUGGUCUAAGGAAGUACGCCUGUGAGCUGGAAGUGGACCUGAACACUGUGAACAAGAGACUCAAACUGUCUAACAACAACAGAACAGUGCACCAUCUUCCGGAGAAUCAGCCAUAUCCAGAACAUCCAGACAGAUUUUACACGGCUACCCAGCUUCUGUGUAGGACUGGUCUGACUGGCUGCUGUUACUGGGAGGUGGAGCUGAAUGGGGAGGUUGAGGUAGCGGUGAGCUACAAAGGUGUCAGAAGGAGAGGAGACAGUGAAGAGUGCGAGUUUGGACGGUACCCUCCGUCCUGGACUCUGUUCUGUGAUGAUGGCGAGUAUAGUGUCCGUCACAAUAACAUGUUAACUAAAGUGGCGCACGCUGCCUCUGUCUCUGUUAGAGUAGCUGUCUAUGUGGACCAUCCUGGUGGGACCCUGUCUUUCUACAGAGUCUCAUCUGAUAAACUGGUCCAUCUUCAUACUUUUGAAUACAGAUUCACCAAACCUCUCUAUCCUGGGUUUAGGCUGAGGUUUGGUUCCUGGGUGUCUCUGUGCUCUCUGUAG